AUGGUUAACAAAGUGGCUGAAAAAUGCGAAGCUUUGAAGGUUUUAAAAAAGAAAUCGUGGAUGAACUGCUGGUUUGGGCAAAAAAUCAGUCUAGAAACAAUAGCUGCAUUAUUUGUCUGCGUUACGAAUAUCGUGGAUGUCGAUGGAGGAUAUUUGUCGAGCAGAUACGUCGGUUGUCACGCGAUUCGCCAGAAGAGAAGAAUUUCNCUUGCUGAUUUUCAAUACUGCUUAAGCCUUCAGGAGUUAUUUGUUAGGAAUAAUAAUAUUGAAGAUUUAAAUGAAGUUUGUUAUCUUCAAGGUUUGCCAAAUUUAAGAAAUUUAUGGCUUGGUGAAAAUCCUUGUGCCGAAAAAGAAGGGUAUAGAUUAGCUGUUCUCAGAGCUUUGCCAAAUCUGCAGAAGCUCGACGAUGAGCUAGUAACACCCGAGGAAGUACAAACUGCAUUGAUAAAGGGCCGCGUUUUGGUUCAUCCUCUUGAUGUGUACGCUUCUCCACCACAAUCCGAUGCAGUUAGUCCAGAAGAUAUUACUACUGAAUAUAUCGAAGAAACUGAAGUGAUACAACAUCGAAGAUAUAGUUCCUCGAGCGAUCAGAGAAGUUUUGAAGAAACACAGCAUCCUCAAGAAGAGUAUCACGAUCCAGAUCAUAGAAACGCAAAUUAUAAUGCAUCGCCGUCACAUCAUUACUCGCAAAACAAUCAGUACACGUACGAGGUAAGUUAAAUGAAUCUGUAAUUAAAUUAAAUAUAAUUAUACGUUCAUUUUGCAUGUAUGACGAAUUGUAAUAAAAGAUUGAACAGUUUAAA